AUGGCGAGCAAGGAGCACGGGCCCCGGAAGCGCUUCGAGCGCGCCCUGGACCGCUCGACCGCGGCAUGGGCGGCAGGAGCGCUGCCGCGCGCCGCCGGGCGGCUCAUGGGCGCAUCUUUGCUCUGGCUCUCCAAGGAGAAGGGGGGCUUGGAGGAGGAGGUCGUUGCCGAGGUCGACGCCCAGGGUCUGCUGCCCCGCCGCGGCGAGAAUGAGGUCGUGGAGCUGCUCGCUGCCAUCGGGCCGGGCGGCUGCGAGGCGGUGCUGCGCGAGGCCCUCGGCGAGGAGAUGUGCAUGUUAGCGCCGCAGCAGUGGCAGGGCGUCCUCGGCGGCAUCGUCGAGCUGCCCGCGCGCGAGCAAGCCGCGGCACUGACGCACGAGGGCCGCUCGGGCGAGGUCGCGCGGGAGCUGGCAGGGGCAGGGGGUCGCGUGGAACGCGGUGGCGCCAUCCAGUCGACGCCGAACGCGGCAGCUGGGGCCGUGGCCGCCCAGCCGAAGGCCCGGCCGAUCCAGCGCGCCUUCCCGCGUCGGGGGGCGGCUCUGGCGUGGAAGCGCGCUGGGGGCACGGCCGUCCACCAGGCAGAGGCGCCCCACCACCAGCUGGACAGAGGAACUGGGCAAGGCGGCGUGGACGCGCCACUCGAGGCUAGCAUAGUCCAGGGGGCGGUCGCGCGGGACGCUCGCAGGGAGCUAUGCGCGCAGCUCCAGACCUCGCCUGGCGUCCGAGGGGAAGCGCGCAGGGACUUCUUCCAGUGGGAGGUUGACUUCGGGGCUUGGCAGGCUGGGGCGGCCCGUUCGUGGGAGCAGAACGUUCAGAAGACCACGGUGAGUUUGCUAUGCGCGCAGGCCCAGGCAGAUCAGCGCGCUGAUGAGUGGCAACUCGCUCGCCUCCGCGAGCUCGCCGACGUGUCCGUCGGCCCGGGCGCCCUGCUGUCGCUCGGCGCCGAGACGUCCAGCAGCGGCGCAGUGGUGCGACAGUUCCAGGAGAAGACGGUGAACCACCUGCUGCGGGCCGGCGGCGUGGAGCUGGCAGCACGUGGAGAGGCGCUCCGAGCCUUCGACAAGGUCAAGGAGAUGGCCGACGCCUGCAAGGCAGCGGGCCUCAUGCCGGCGGAGGAGGUGAUGGGGGAGCUAGACCGGGCGCGAUCCGAACCCCAGAUUCUGGCCAGUUCUCAGCUGGAGGACAUGGACAAACCCUACCUCGAGGAGUUUGUCCGGCGGAGGCCGUGGCGCCGGAGUGGGCCCGCCCUCAGCUCGCGGCACCUGCGGGCGGGGCCGCGUGACUUUGGCGGCAGUCCGAGCCCGCGCGCCUCGACCAGCCAACGCGUGCAGCGGGAGCUGGGGUUGCUCGUCGAGUCGGCGGCGCUGGCCCGGUUCCCCCCGAGGCUGGAGCAGGAGGUCGACAGGGCGGCUCGACGCGCCAACGAGCUCCUGCACCCGCAGACGUGCCAUGAUUGGCUGCGGAAAAUCAACCCACGCGACGGCUCCCGUUCGGCGGAGGACGACUUCUUGAUUGCGGUGGGCAGCCGCCUCGGCGCCGCGCAGGUCUCAGGCGACGAGGCGCAGUGCGCGGUAUGCGGCGAGCCACUGGGCAGUGCCGCCGCUCACUCCACCUGCUGCGCCACCGCCGAGAGCGCACGGGGCCACUGCGCAGUGGUGGCCGCCCUGGCCGACGGCAAGGCGUUGGCGGACCCGCCCCUGCGCGCGGAGGUCCGCGGCCUCGUUUCCUCGGGAGAGCGGCCGGCCGACAUCUUGACCAUGGGGGGCGCGGACGCCUGCGCUGCCGCCUACAUGCGGAAGAUGACUCGCUACUCGCACAUGCUCCCGGCCCUUCGACGCGCUGGCGUCGUCUUCCAGCCUGCCGUGUGGUCAGCGAAGGGGCGCCCGCGCCCUGCCGCAGCGCGCGCCAUGGACUGCGCGGUGCGCAUGGUGCGCACGAGGCGGGGGUCGGAGGCGGCAGCGGAGCUGCAG